GGAGGAGGAAGACGGGCCGGAGGAGGAAGUGGUCAGUGACCGACGGGCGCGAGCUGGCUGGCGAUGGUGCCGCUGCGGCUGCUGCUCUGGAGUGCGCGCUGGGCGAUCCUCGGGUCCGCCGACUCUGCGCUCUGGGGUGUCAAGUCAAUAAAAGGAAGCUGCCACAAUUUUUGUACUGCUGUUUCUGAAGAUGUCACUUAUGAGGAACUUAAAAACCGGUUGAAUUCCAAAAGCAUUAUGUUAAUUGAUGUUAGAGAGAAAUGGGAAAUUCUUGAGUAUGGAAAAAUCCCCGGGUCUGUCAAUAUACCAUUGGCUGAGGUAAGUGAAGCUCUCCAGAUGAACCCAAAAGCCUUCCACGAGAAGUACAACGAAGCAAAGCCGUCCAGAUCGGACAGGCUAGUGUUUUCGUGUGUAGCUGGAGUGAGAAGCAAGAAGGCUCUGGACACAGCAAUAUCUCUGGGCUUUAGCAGUGCUCAACACUAUGCUGGAGGAUGGAAGGAAUGGGCAACCUAUGAAAGUUCAGAGAAGAAAGAAAGAAAUUGAAUUUUGGAAUACAAGCUGGCUCCUUCCUUGUGUACAUGCAGCCUAUUAUAGUGGAAUGAGCAAAAGAAUAAAAAUCUAGCCCUGGCACCUAGCAUUGGCUACUGGGAAGGGGAUUGUGUAUAAGUC